AUGAAAGGUUUAAAUUAUAAAAGCACAUAAACCUAUAGUUACGAAAAAUCGAAUGAAGAAAUGAAAAGAAUAUUAGAAUAUGAUGGACUAAAGAAUUGGUAAUUAAAUGAUGAUUGCAAGAUUGUUGAAUAUACAAUUGAUCAUUCAAUGUAAAUGACAUUAAGUUUAUUACUUUAUUUACAAGAAAUUAAAUUCAUACGAUUAACUAUUGCUUAAAAUAUUCAAUUGUGUUUAGAUAUUUUGAAUAAAUAUUAAGAACUUUAAAAAUAAAAUGUUUAACAUAAUUAUUUAAGUUCUGAUAGAAUUUUAAUAAAUCUAACAGACAAAUAGCAUUAAAUUACUAUAUUCCCAGGAAAUUUAAUUUAUACAAUACAUUUUCUUGGAUAUGAUUGUCCUUUUUAUGAAAGAGACAAAUAUAAAGAGAGUAAAAAAAUAGAUGAUUAAUCUAUUAAGGAAAUCAUAAUUAACAUUAUUUAAUUUAGUAAAAAAAAAGAGUUGAUAUCAAAAGAAAAGGGAAAGUAAUUAAUAACAGAUGAGAAAAAGAGAGAUGAAAAAUAAAAAAAAUUCAAUUAAAAAUACCCAGAUCUUAUUACUAUUUUCAAAGGUUUAUUGGAUGAAGGAAUAUUUAAAUCAUUCGACAUGUUUAUUGAAGCAUCCAAGAUUAUCUUUGAAAAAUAUAAUAAUUAAAAUAAUAAGUAUGAAAGAUUGGCUGGUGUGGACACAAGUUUAACAAAGACUAACUUCAAGAGAUCAAGGAGAAUUCCUGAUGUUAGUAAGAAUUUAGAAUAGAUUUAACAAUAAUAUUAUAAAGAUGGAUAGUCUUAUGAAUUUUAACAAAUCUUAUAAACAACAUUCCCAUUAAUUACCAACGAAUUUAGAACAGCAAUAAGGUAUGAAUAUUAAUAUCCUCCAAAAAUUGAUGAUACAUAUUUUAAUUUAAAAUAGGAAUUAAGUAUCAAUAAUGAAGAAAUGAUUAACUAAAUAAUAAAUGAAAAUAAAGAUGAAAUAUUGAAGGAAUUCAAAUUUGAAUUAGAUUUAUAAUCAAUCAAAGAUGAUAUAAAUUCAUAAUUACAAGAUAAUUAAUUAAAAAUACUUAAUUAUUUCCUUAAUAAUGUUAAAUUUUCUUUAUAAUAGCAAGAUAACAAAUAAAGUAUUUAACAUAUUUAAAUUCAAAUUUAAAAGUUAAAAACAGAAAUAAUUAAGGAAGUAACCAUAUAAACGUUGAAAAAUUAUGUGGAAUUAUAGAUAUUGUUGUUAAUUUCAGACUUAAUUUGA